UGAAACCCCGUCCAACUGCAUUUAUAUACUUAAGCAGCUAAUUUCACUUAAUAUGAAUUAUUUAUCCUAACUUCACAGCUGGUGUGAUCCUGAGGUAUGCAUACCCCGGAAACUUGUUUUGUGUGUGAAUAACGGACAAAAUGGCAGGAAAAGGUGAUGGAGAAGGUGAAGGGAACAUCCUGAAGCUGGAGAACCAGAUUGCGGUGAUCAAGUAUAUGAUUAUGUUCACUAACGUGUUGGCAUGGGUACCAGAAGACACGACUGCACAGCCCCUACGCAAGGUACGUGUUACCCCCAUCGUUCUUCGCGAUGCUUCGAGAUGGCGAGGCGUAAAUCACAAGUUUAUUUCUUUGGGCAUCAAAUUCGAACGCGCGGUUGCCGUCGAUGCAGGAAUCAGGAUAAUUCCCAAGUCCGAGGAUGAUUACCGCAGGAUUAUUCGUCUCUUCAGGGAGGAAGAGGUGCCCCAUCACACUUUCCCUCUAUCUACCCUCCGAGAGGAACAUUCAUGCUGUAAUCAGAGGAGUACAUGCGACACUUUCGGAAAUUGA